AUGACCGCCACAGCCACUGCCAGCGGCACCCACAAGCUCACCAGCACCAAGGAGGAGAGGAAGUUAAGAAAACCCCUCAUUGAGCGGAAGCGAAGAGAAAGGAUCAAUAACUGCUUGGACCAGCUGAAGGAAACUGUUGUGGGUGCAUUUCAUCUGGAUCAGUCUAAGCUGGAAAAAGCAGACAUCCUGGAAAUGACGGUGAAGCACCUCCAGAACAUCCAGAGCAGCAAGCUGAUGGCUGACUCCAAGGUGGGCCUGGAAGCCCAGCAGCGGUACAGCACUGGGUACAUCCAGUGCAUGCACGAGGUGCACAACCUCCUCCUCACCUGCGAGUGGAUGGACAAAACCCUUGGCGCCCGCCUUCUGAACCACCUGCUGAAAUCCUUACCCAGGUCUCGAGAAGACACCUGCAAAGCAGCAUUGAGGUCUUCCAGCCCGUCUCAGCAGCCUCUCCUCACACCAAAAAGCCCCGUAAGGCCUAAGGGGAGUACUCGGGAUGUGAACCCAUCACAGGAGGACUUCUGCCCUGUGGAGAACAAGCAGGCUUCAAAAAAUCCCUUCCAGCUGCCAUCACUGUCAGUUUUCAGCCAGGCAGAUGCUGUACCUCCUAGACAGGUUCUGCAGCCAAAUUUUUCCCAUAACAACCCUCGAAUGGGGUCAUUAGAUAUGUGGAGACCAUGGUAA